GAAAUGAAGAAAAACAAGAAAAAUUAGAAAGAAAGAAAAAAAAAAUAAACACCAAUAAAGGAGCCUUCGCAUGACAAGCAACGAGCAAAGGGUUUUUAUUCAUUUCCCUUUUCUCUGCACCCAAAGCCCCACCUUCGUGGAUUUUGUGUGCAAUUUUUUUCUUAUAGGCAGCCGAGGUAUUAUUGUUUUUAAUCCAUGCAGUGACUUUGCGCAACUAUGGCUGGUAUUGAGCAAUGUGAGGCAAAUGAUUCUGCUUAUUCUCUGAUAGAGCAACUUUAUAAGGCGGUUCAUGAACUGGAAGCUUUCAAGGAUGCUUCUGAGAACAAGGUUCAUUGGACAGAAAUUGAACAAUAUUUCCGCAAUCUUGAGGUGACAUUAAAGAAGAAAUCUGAAGAGCUUGUAGCUAAGGAGAAGGAAUAUGAGGUGAAAGAAGCUGAAACCCUUGCGUUGAUUGUUGAGAAGGAGGCAGUUGUUGCUACUAAGGAACAAGAUUACUUAGACCGAGUGCAGGAGCUAAAAGAUGCUGCUGUUGCUGCAAUUGCUGAGGCAUGUGCAAAUUUCCGACCAACAACUGCAGAAUCUCUUGAUACUGCAGAAAAUGGAGACACCAAGGUAAGCAGUUCUGUUGGUGAUAAAAACUCUCCCGAUGAGGAGUUUCCUCGUAAAACAAGUGAAAUUACUGAAAACAUGGCGGCUGAUGUUAAGUCGCGUCCAGAGCUUACCCACUUUUGUGAGCAAAUGGAUGCAAAAGGACUUCUGAACUUUUUAAUGGAGAAUCAGAAAAUUCUGAAUGACAUUUGUCGGGAACUUCCCCUUGCACUUGAAAGUGCAAGCGAACCAGCCCGUUUGGUACUGAAUUCACUGGAGGGGUUUUACCCUCCGGACGAAACAAGUCAAACGGUGGAUAAGACAGAUGCUGCCCUGCAGGGCAUGCGCAAAUCCUGUGUCGUCUUAUUAGAAGCCAUGGCUAGUUUUUUGGCCAGAAUCGACCCUGGUGAUACUCACCUUCUGAACCCUGAAAUCAAGCAGCUAGCCAAGGCAAUUGCUGAUGAGUGGAAACCUAAGUUGUCUAAUGCAGGCAGUGGUGCUGCCAUUGACAAUUCAUUGGAAGCUGAAGCAUUUUUGCAGCUCCUUGCUACUUUUAGGAUCGCUUCGGAGUUUGACGAAGAACAACUCUGCAAGCUUGUUUUUGUAGUUGCUCACCGCCGGCAGGCACCUGAGCUUUGUCGUUCCAUUGGAUUAACACCGAAAAUGCCAGGCCUUGUUGAGUUAUUGAUUAACAGCGGGAGACAAGUCGAUGCGGUACGAUUUAUUCAUACCUUCCAGCUUACUGAAAAGUUUCCUCCUGUGCCCCUCUUAAAGAUGUACUUGAAAGAUUUGCGGAGAAACUCACAAGGGAAGGGCGGGAAUUCUCGUGGUGCUGCUGGUUCACAGGAUGACAUAAAUGCACGAGAGCUCGCGGCCUUGAAAGCUGUAAUAAGAUGUGUUCAAGACUAUGGCCUAGAAGCUGACUACUCCCUUGAUCCACUCCAGAAAAGGUUGGCUCAACUCGAAAAAGCAAAAGCAGACAAUAAGAAAAGAGGGGGGGAUUCUGGUAAACAUCACCCGCGGAAGAAAUCAAGGCCCAAUGGUGGAUUUCGAGGAUAUCGGGGACCUCCAGGUAGGCAAGCUCCACUGGUUUACAACCAGAGGGCUGCAUUUACAGGAAUGCCGGAAAGGUAUACUCAUGCAGGUCCGAAUCCCUACAAUUAUCAAAUACCGAAUCAACCUGCAUAUGUCCCUCAAGCGAAUGAUCAAAGAUUAUACUACUAUUCUCAAGAUGACAAAGUUGCAACGUCGUCAUAUAAUGCAGCAGCUACUUCUAACUAUGGUAGCUACAGUGGCAGCGGAUUGCAACCAUCGCAUUCACAGCAGCCAUUUCUGUAGUUCUUUUUAAUAUUAUAAGUUUAUCAUAGAUGCAUGUUCAGUUUAUCAUUAGAUUUUUUGCCCACUGUGGUGCUAACUUCCAAUAUUGCCCCCCAACCCCCUUUUUUUAAAUCCAUAAUUUAAACAGAUUUUUCUUGAGGCUUUGCCUUCAAAA